ACUUGUUGAACAUCUCCUGGUCUCUGUACCAGAAAUUUUUCCCGAAGCGCUGUGCUGUAGCCUGUAGUAGAAUGGCGAUCGACACGACAAACUCUGCUUUGGAGCUGGACUUGGUCAAUCCUGAACCGGGACACGAAUUCGCCCAAUUUGGAGCCGGGUGCUUUUGGGGAGUGGAGUUGGCGUUCCAAAGAGUGUUGGGGGUUCUGAAAACAGAGGUCGGGUAUUCCCAGGGUCACGUCCCGGAUCCGAAUUACAAAUUGGUAUGCUCAGGAACUACCAACCACGUCGAGGUUGUUCGGGUCCAGUUUGACCCGCAAGUGUGCCCAUAUACCAAUCUCCUCUCUGUUUUCUGGGGCCGACAUGAUCCCACAACUGUCAAUCGUCAGGGCGGGGAUGUGGGUACGCAAUAUAGAUCUGGUAUAUACUACUACAAUGAGACCCAAGCUCGCUUAGCCAGAGAGUCAAUGGAGGCGAAGCAGCUGGAGCUCAAGGAAAACAAAAUUGUGACAGAAAUUCUUCCAGCGAAUAGGUUUUACAGAGCAGAGGAAUACCAUCAGCAGUAUCUGGAAAAAGGAGGACGUCGUGGCCUAAAGCAAUCUGCUGAUAAGGGUUGCAAUGAUCCCAUUAGAUGCUAUGGUUGAGAACCAGCUAAUACAUUCAAACUUGUGCUCUAUAAUUUGGUUUUGCGCCCUGUCGUGCAGAUUGAUUGUUGUGUGGGCUACUUUAUUUUGAAGACAUCUUUAUAAAUUUGAACCUCCUUUCAUGUUUAGUACUAUGCUAUGAGCAAUAAAAUUGUUGUGCUUGAUGUUCAA